AUGUACCUGCCGGCGCAUCGGGACGUGCGCGACCUCCGGGAGUCCGCCCGCGGCGCGUGCGAUCUCAAGGGCGCCGCCCAGGACGCGAUAAACACCGUGGAAUGGCAGCACCUUAUGAUGGCGCAGGAGCAGGCGAUGGCGAACGAGAAGGAUCCCCUGGAUUCGCCCCGGCGCCCGUCCCCGCUGAAGCGCAAGCGGAACCUUUCGCCGCUGAAGCGGCGGGAGCCGCGCAGGGAGGAAGGCGACGGCCCUUCGGGGCGAGCACAGUUUGAUACCUUCUUGGUUCCCGCCGUGUGA